AUGCCUCCUCGUUCUUUCAAGAGUCGGGAGGAGUCAAACAUUGCCCGUUUGUCCUUCGAAGACUUCAGAAAGCCGUCCAUGUGGGCUUUUAUUAAUAAUACUGAUAAAAGUUCACAAACCGUUUUGGCUGCCCGACGAGCCGCGGUGGCGAUCAGUCUUCAAAUCGUCACCGAACAUUUAUCCCAAGCGGCCGAGCUUGAAGAAACUGAGAAGCUCGAAGAGCGUUUCGCUCAUAUUGUAGUGGCAAGAAACUCGACCGCUCUCCAGAAUGCCACGCUUACUUUAGAAGCCUCACGCGAAGAGAUUUCGCGUCUUGUAAGUGCUUGUAUGGAGAAAGAUAAGCGGCUUCGAAAUGAUCGGGCAGAGGAAUUACGACUGGGAAACCAUCAAGCGGCAGAACUCGGUCUUCUCGCGCUCAGUAAAGAAUGA